GACCACUAACCCUACACACAUUAUAUUUAAACCCUUUCACUUCCAACUUACCUUCAUAGACAUUCUUAACCAAAACAUUUCCAAGUUUUUCAGUGCAGCAAAAACUCUCCAACGAUGGCAGAUCAAGAAAGCCAGGUCUGGCCCUUGGCGCCGGGCAAGCUACACCAAAGAAGCGACGAAAAUCCCACGUUCAAAGCCAUACGCCGAGAGAGAAGCAACAAGUGCUUCGUCUACGUUUUCUCCGGCAUCGUCCUCUUCAGCAUCGCCAUCUUGGUUUUCGCGCUGCUCGUUCUCCGAGUCAAGUUGCCGGAGAUCAAACUGAGAUCCGUCACCGUGAAGAAUCUCAAGUACUCGUCUUGGCCGCCUUCGUUCAACACAUCUUUGUCUGCACAAAUGACAGUGAAGAAUCCAAACUUCGGGGACUAUGAGUUUGUGCCGACCACGGUGAGUUUCUUGUACGGAGGAAGCAAAGUUGGGAGCACGAAAGUGGUGAAGGGGCAAGCCAAAGGGAAGAAGACUGGGAGGGUGAGUUUUGGGGUUGAUUUGAGGUCGAACAAGCUGCCGGAGGGGGCUAAUAAUCUGACGAGUGAUAUAAAUUCCGGGAUGUUGAAGCUGACCGGCACCGGCAAAGUGAGUGGUAAAGUGACUUUGUGGAAGAUUAUAAACAAGAGAAAGACGGGGAAGAUGGAUUGCACCAUGACGCUUGUUUUGAAGAGUAAGACCAUCAAGGAUUUGGUGUGCAGAUAAUAGCUAGCUAGAGUGUUGUAAUUGAUUAGCAGUAUGGUGUAAUAUGAUCUGUGAUUUUUGCUUCUGUAUACUUGAAUGUGAGAUCUAGUUUCUAGGUAUUGAUUCGAUCAUUAAUUUGUUUCUAAAGAUUUAGUACUUAGAAAUUUCGAUUAUUUAUUUACUUGUUUCAUUUUUUGAAUACUAAUAUACAUGUAUGAUUUAUGAGUUUGAUACAA